AUGAUACUCUGGAAGCAAACUAGCCCAAUUUACCUCUGGCUGGCACGAUCAGUGUGGUGCCAGCAGCAGGGAGUGCCGGAGUGUGGGGUCGGGGAGGGCGCCGCGCAAGACACACCGCGAGAGCCGCUCUAUGAUUACAGGCGGGCUCACACACGUCCUCCGCUCGGAGAUAAUGUGACUCCCGUUCCCUCGAGUCGCGGCACUACGAGUCACUCCCUUCGUGGUUGUCAACUGAUUAAGCGUCACCUGAAAAAUGGACAAGAAAACUUUUCUCAAGAUACUCAUCAAAGAUAUACAGUAAACAAACGGGCAAACAAACCAAGGACUUACACAGGCGUGUUUGCUGUUUUGUUGAAUUUUCUGAUGCGAACUGAUCAGCGGAACAAGAAAUUAAAGCAUGAACUCUCGUGACAUGAAAAUUAGACAGGAUUUAUGAAUAGAAAUAAAUUAAAGCUCAACUUUUUUUCGCACACUAUGAAGUGAAUGGCAUCACUGAAAUAAUAUGAACAGAUAAUUGAAGUUAUUUAAAUGUUUACACCAUGGGAAUAGAUUCGCAACUAGAAACAAUAAUCAGUGAUAAAGAACAAGCUUAGAAAGUGAAGUGAAUAAACACAAGAAUGCACUAUGCGAACUGAAAGCCUACACAGCAACGGCCUUUGUUCACCGUGGAUUGGCCUAUUCGAUAUGGAACGUUUAUAAAAGACCAGUCGUUGCAUUGUUUGAAGAUAAACUACGCUGUCGUUCGUGAGGUUCCAGAAACGGUAAAUAUUUAUUUACAUAUAUAUUUGUUUUUAUCUGUAUGGAUUUUAAGAGCACCUGAAGGAGCAAUAGAUCCAGAACUUGUGAAGGAGCAUGAUCCCCUUA